UGGUCUUUCUCUUCUGAGCUUGGGGGGGCUCUCAGAUUUGCUCUGGAGGUUAAUGACACACUCCGAUGCUCUUUUCGACGCAUGUGCGGACAUGAAAAGUUCAUGGCCGCACUCGACUUGCUCUCGUUUCGUUUCGUUUCGGCAUUCUGUGCGUUGGGCUCGAAACGCGGGUCCCUUUCUCGCGCGGCGACUCCGCGGCUUCAGCCCGCAGCUUCGAAACUCGAGAGGCAGGUUGCCGCCAUGGGAGGACCUACGCUGACCUCGGUGAGCGCACCGGUCGUGGACAAGGUGGAGGUGAAAACAGCUUUGGUGUCCGUGUUCGACAAGGCUGGAAUAGAGGACCUCGGCAAGUUCCUGGCCGCAAAGGGGGUCCACAUCCUCUCAACCGGUGGCACGGCCGCGAAGCUGCGAGAGCUCGGCUGCACUGUGCAAGAUGUCGCGGAUUACACCGGGUCUCCAGAGAUUCUAGAUGGGCGAGUGAAGACACUACAUCCAAAGGUGCACGGCGGUCUCCUGGCUGCCCGCGGCAAUGCGGGCCACGAGGCGGAGAUGGAGAAGCACGGCAUCCGGAAGAUCGAUCUUGUUGUUGUCAACCUCUAUCCCUUCAGGGAGGCAGUUGCUAAGGGUGGAGACUUUGCCACAUGCAUCGAGAACAUCGACAUCGGCGGACCAGCAAUGAUCAGGGCUUCUGCCAAGAACAAUGCAGCUGUGACGAUCUUGACGAGCCCCAGCCAGUACUCCAAGUUCAUGCAGGAGCUUGGCGACGACGGCUGCACAAGCUUUGCCUUCCGCAAGAACAUGGCCGCCGCCGCCUACGCGUUGACCUCGGCCUACGACUCGGCCGUGAGCACCUGGAUGGCAGGGGAGGUCACCGAGCCUCCUCCGAAGAAAACGGUGGCGUUUGAGAUGGAGAUGCCCCUGAAGUACGGCUGCAAUCCGCACCAGCUGCCGGCGGGGCUCUGCUCGGUGGCCGGCCGCAAGCUGCCCUUCGAGGUGAUCUCCGGUACGCCCGGCUACAUCAACUUGCUGGAUGCCAUCAAUGCCUGGCAAUUGGUGCACGAGUUGGGGCAAGCAACCGGCUUGCCCGCCGCCGCCUCUUUCAAGCACGUCAGUCCUGCCGGCGCAGCCAUUGGGCUUCCGCUGAGUGACGAGGAGAGGAUCGUUUACGAGGUCAAGGACAAGGAGCUGACUCCCACCGCCUGCGCCUACGUGAGGGCGCGGAACGCGGACCCCAUGUGCUCCUUCGGGGACUUCGUGGCCAUCUCCGGCGAGGUGGACCUGGCCACUGCGAUGAUCCUGAAAAUCGAGGUGAGCGAUGGUAUCAUUGCCCCCUCCUUCGUGCCGGAAGCCUUGGAAGUGCUCAAGGCGAAGAAAGGCGGCAAGUUCAUCGUGCUGAAGGCCGACCCCGCUUUCAAGUAUGACGACCUCGAGUACCGCAUGGUUGGUGGGGUUGGCUUUAUGCAGAAGAGGAAUGACGCCCUGGUUGAUGCCUCCAAGCUGGCCGAGGUGGUCACUGCCAAGAAAAGCCUACCGGACAACGCGCAGAAGGAUCUGAUUCUGGCGUCCAUUGCGAUCAAGUACACGCAGUCCAACUCAGUGGGAUACAGCAAGGAUGGCAUGAUGGUGGGCGUCGGUGCUGGCCAGCAAAGCCGCGUGGACUGCGUGAAGCUCGCGGGGCGGAAAGUCGCCACGUGGUGGCUGCGGUUCCAUCCAAAGGUCAAGGGCUUGCCCUUCAGAGAAGGUGUCAAGCGGCAAGACCGAGUCAAUGCGCGUGUCCGAUAUAUCGAGGGAGACAUGGAGGAAGCAGAGAAGACCGAGUGGCUGAAGAACUUUGACUCCCCGCCGGAGCCCUUGACAGCGGAGGACAAGGCCACCUUCCUGAAGGGCCUUGAUGGCGUGUCGAUCUCGUCCGACGCCUUCUUCCCCUUCCGGGACUCGAUCGAUCAUGCCACCAGGCUGGGCGUGAAGUACGUGGCGCAGCCCGGCGGCUCGGUGGCGGACGCCGAAGUCAUCGAUGCCUGCAACACGUAUGGCAUGGCUAUGGCCUUCACCAAGUUGAGGUUGUUCCACCACUGAUCUCGUGCACGCGGGCCAGCAGGUCAGCCUUGGCCUGACGUUUGAAGCUUUUGGAAAGAGUCGACAGUGGAGCUCUCGGCGAUCCAUUCCAUCCAUGAUUUUUGCAGAUGGCUCAGGGUCUCGCAAUCGAACA